AUGAUGAUUAAGCCGUAUGUGAGGCAAGGCGAGGGAGAGGAGGUGGUCAGCCCUCCACAGUGGAUGGAUGGAGACAUGAGCUCACCUGACGGAGAUGGAUCAGUCUCAUCACAGCACUACAGGGCAGUGGACCAACAGGACAGGGAGAUGGGGAGUGAGGAUGCACAGGAAGACGAGGAGGACGAGGAGGAGGGACAGGAGGAUGAAAACGAAUCCAAACGACGCGGACCCAAGAAAAAGCGGAUGACCAAGGCCCGGCAGGAACGAUUUCGUGCGAGGCGUGUUAAGGCCAAUGCCAGGGAGCGUUCGCGCAUGCACGGUCUGAAUGAUGCGCUGGAGAACCUGCGCACCAUCAUGCCAUGCCACUCCAAAACACAGAAACUGUCCAAGAUCGAGACGUUAAGGCUGGCCCGCAACUACAUCUGCGCUCUGUCCGAGGCCUUGGAGGGCGGGCUCUCCACAGAGAGCAGGGCCUUCAUGGAGACACUCUGUAAGGGCCUCUCGCAGCCCACCAGCAACCUGGUGGCCGGCUGCUUGCAGCUGGGACCAGCUACCGGUGCUGGGAUGAGGCCUGAGGACAGACACAGAGUUCGGGCAGCGCCGGCUCCUCUCGGUGGCAUGGUGAGCUAUGCCUCUCCGGGCCUGCCAAGUCCCCCGUAUGGCACUUUUGACUCUGCUCACCUGCUUCACCUAAGGGCCAUGAAAGGAGGAGUGUACGAGAAUCACUCGCCAAAUGAGUACAAUGCUGGCGGUGUUGGUACGCCUCCAUACGACGGCCCCCCUACACCGCCUCUGAGCAUCAGCAGUAACCUGGUGCCCAAACAGGAGCCUUCACCCCACUACCCACCCCCACAUCACUACUCCCCCUCCCCUGUGGACCAAGGCCUGUAUCAGACUCAGACUGGCUAUGACGUACACUUAGAGGGGCCGUAUGACUCCUACCAUCCACAGCACAUGCCGCCCCGACAGAUAACCUCCGUCUACAGAGACUAAGACGGGUCAGGAGGGUCGAUUCUGCUUUAGCCAUCAAGACGACCGACUGUUUGUCGACAUGAACACUGACUGAAGGAUCAGUCACUCUAAGUGGACAGUCUGUUAUUAGAGGAACUGUAGAGUAAAACAUUUGUUUACAUGUGUGGUGCACUUAGACUAGCACUGCUCAACAUUGCUACAAUUAGAACACACUUGACUUAAACCACUACAUUUUUUACUAUCUUAAAACACUGAUUACCAAAUAAUUUUGACCAGAUAUCCUGUUACUGUGAUACAAGCACUUCUAAUCUAGCUUUGGUAACAUCAAAUAUUCUACAUAAAUUAAAAGUAUUUUUAUUUAUUAUCUAAUUUAAUACAGUGUAUAUGGACUUUGUUCUCAUGUGCAGGUGUGUGUCUGGUUUUCCUUUUGUACAUAUUUGUGAUCAAGGCUCCUCUUUGUCUGCUGCUUAGACUGAUAGUUCAGCUCUUGUGUUACUUUUGUGUCCUUUUCUUUGUUGUUUAUUACAAUAUUUCAUGUUUUGCACUCGAAACGUACUCAGAGGUAGAUUUUGUAGCGAGAUGUAAUUGAUCUUUGGAUGCUGUUGUCUGCAGAACGAAGAUGUUUUGAUUGAAAAUGGAUGAAGGUGAGGAAGCAAAAAUGUCAUUCUCAGGUUAUUAUUAUGGAAAUGCACAUCUAAUUUCCAACAAAUUUGCAUUAGAUUACCAUUUCAUUUUUCUUUGUCUUUUAUCAUUUAUCAUUUCUGUUGUCUUUUUGAAAAUU